GGACUCUCCAGGGGGCGGGACGCCCCCAAGGGCCAAGAGCUGGGGCAGGUGGGGGCGUGGCCUUGAGGCCCCGCCUCUCCCGCCUCCUCAGCCGGGGGCUCCAGCACUCCGGACGCUGCUGCGCAACCGCUCGCUCGCUCGCUCGCUCGCUCGGGUUGCAGGGCCAUGGGUCUCAGUCCGGCCACAACCCACCACGAGCCCGCCCCAUCUGCCGCUUGACUGGAGGCCCAGGUGGUCAUCAUGGGUCAGUGCUACUACAAUGAGACCAUCGGCUUUUUCUAUAACAACAGCGGCAAGGAGCUCAGCCUUCACUGGCGCCCCAAAGAUGUGGUGGUGGUGGCCCUGGGGCUGACGGUCAGUGUGCUGGUGUUGCUGACCAAUCUGCUGGUUAUCGCAGCCAUUGCCUCCAACCGCCGCUUCCACCAGCCCAUCUACUACCUGCUUGGCAACCUGGCUGCGGCUGACCUCUUCGCCGGCAUGGCCUACCUCUUCCUCAUGUUCCACACCGGCCCACGCACCGCCAGGCUCUCCCUCAAAGGCUGGUUCCUGCGACAGGGCCUGCUGGACACCAGCCUCACGGCGUCAGUGGCCACACUGUUGGCCAUUGCUGUGGAGCGGCACCGAAGUGUAAUGGCGGUGCAGCUGCACAGCCGCUUGCCCCGGGGCCGUGUGGUCACACUCAUCGUGGGUGUGUGGGUGGCCGCGCUGGGUCUGGGAUUGCUGCCGGCACACUUCUGGCACUGCCUCUGUGACUUGGACAGUUGCUCGCGGAUGGUACCCCUGUUCAGCCGCUCCUACUUGGCUGUGUGGGCCCUCUCCAGCCUGCUUGUGUUCCUGCUCAUGGUAGCCGUCUACACCCGGAUUUUCUUCUAUGUGCGUAGACGGGUGGAUCGCAUGGCCGAGCACGUCAGCUGCCAUCCCCGCUACCGAGAGACGACACUCAGCCUAGUCAAGACAGUUGUCAUCAUUCUGGGAGCAUUUGUGGUGUGCUGGACCCCGGGCCAGGUGGUACUGCUCCUAGAUGGUCUGGACUGUAAAUCCUGCAAUGUUCUGGCUGUGGAGAAGUACUUCCUGCUCCUGGCUGAGGCCAACUCACUGGUCAACGCGGUGGUGUACUCAUGCCGAGAUGCCGAGAUGUGCCGCACCUUCCGCCGCCUUCUCUGCUGCACGUGUCUCCGCUGGUCUAACCACAAGUCUACCCGUUACCCAUCCUCUGCCCGGACUGGCGCCAGCACCCGAAUCAUACUUCCCGAGAAUGGACACCCACUGAUGGACUCCACCCUUUAGAACCAUGGACUGAGGCAGGAGAUGAGCUUCUUCUGCAGAGCCCCGGGCUCAAACCAGCCCAGCAGAUGCAUGGCUCUUCAACCCUGCCUGCCCAGGGGACAGGGAGUCUGCCUGCCCCUGGACACAGGAUUUGGGGACGUCUCCAUGCAUCUGGGGAGAGCAUCCAAAUGGGACUCGGCAAACUGGCUCUCAAUCAUCUCAGGCUUUAGGAUUUUUUAACAAACAUUUUAUGUUUUUACUGUAUAUGUCUGGUAUGUCUGUGGACUACUGAUUUCUACAUGGUGCUGUAGCUCUUGGGACAGAAGUGAGAGCUGUCCCAGGCUAUACCUCCCCCUGGGGAGAUUAGAGGGCACUGCCUUCCUGAGGCUACUUUUGGUUGUUUUGUUUUGCUUUUGAGACAGGAUCGCAUGUAGCCUGGGCUGACCCUUGAAUUCACUGUGGCGCUGAGGAUGGCUUGAACGCUUGAUGGUCCUGAUUCCACUCCCAAGUGCCUCCCUCAGUUUGAGGGACCACACAAUGCACAGAAAGCCUUUCCCUCUCUGAUUUUGCAAACUUGGGUUUUGGUUUAGUUUGGUUUGGUUUUUUUCCCGCUGGUUGGUGGGUAUUUUGCCAUUAAUUCAGUCAGUCUGCCCCAGUGUCCUGCAAUUGCCUAUUAUGAUUCUGGGCUGCCAAGAAUCCUUCAACAUGGAAUCCUGUGGCCCAGGCUAGCCUUGAACUUGCUGCAUAGACUAGGCUGGUCUUGAAACCCAUUGUCCUGCCUCAGAAUCCUCUAUGCUGGUGUUAGAGCUACCUUGACCAGCUUGUCUCUUCCUGGAGGCUUAGAAAUGUUUCUUUCCUUUUGCCUUUGUGCUUCCUGCAACUGACCCACCUAUCUCCCUCUCAAAGAACCGAGGAUGACUUCUGGUUUGUGUAGACCUUUUCCUUCUGCCCCCGCCCACUGUUUUUUAGACCCAGGAUCUCACGGUGUAGCCAGUGAGAGUCCACCCUAGAACUCACUAUGCAGCUCAGGCUAACUGCAAGCUCUUCACUGUCUUCCUGCCGUGGCUCCUGUCAAGCCAUCUUGAGAUGUAGCCUGUGUUUGACUACACAGCCUGGAAAAGUACAGAGAU